AUGGCGCCGUCGAUAGAUGCGUCCUCGACGCACUAUGCGCUCGUCGUUGACGCGGGUAGUUCAGGCUCGCGCCUCCAGAUCUACUCGUGGCGUGAUCCUGAGCUCGAGCGUGACGAAAUACUCAGCGAGGUGCGCGCCGCGCGCGACGCCGGGCUUGCCGACGGCAUGCCCUCUCGCUGGUGGUGGUGGGACCAGCUCAAGCGCAAGGGAAAGGGCAAGGCGACAGCGGAGGAGAUGGAGCGUCGCGCGCUGCGUCGCCUCGUCCGUGUUGGCAAGGGCGUCAAGGGCGAUGAUUGGGUCAAGCGCGUCGAGCCUGGCAUCUCGAACAUCGCACCGGAAGAUAUCCCAGGAUACCUCGCACCGCUGAUGGCGCACGCCCUCGGCCACAUCCCGCCUUCCCAACAGGCCCACACGCCAAUAUACGUGCUCGCGACAGCGGGCAUGCGGCUCCUUAGCAAGGAGGCACAGAACGCCAUCCUCGCCGAAACGUGCAGCACUCUCCGGCGCGAUUACCCGUUCGCGCUCGAGGGGCCGUCGAGUGCGGGGCCUUGCGGCGACAGUGUGCGCAUCAUCAGCGGCGAGGAGGAAGGCAUCUGGGGCUGGGUUGCUGUCAACUACCUUAUGGACGGGUUCGGACAUGCUCCAGAGCUGGCUCACGCCGACGGCCAGAUAGAGCAUGACCACCUCUUGCCGUUGGCCAACCUCGCGUCAGCGCCAGAAGGGAGUAGUGCACUCGACGCAGUCACACCUGUGGAUGUGCACCACCACUCGCCGACGUUCGGCUUCCUCGACAUGGGCGGCGCGAGCACGCAGCUCGCAUUCUCCCCGUCGGCCGAGGAGCUGACCCACUCGCGUUUCCCUGCCAAAGACCUCGCGACGAUCUCCCUGCGCCUUUUGAGUGGCGAACUCGUGGAAUGGCCCGUCUUCGCGGCAUCAUGGCUCGGUUUCGGCACGAACCGCGUGCGCGAGCGCUACGUCGAGGCAGCAGUCAAGGAGUGGUCCUCACUGGCGUUCAAGCCAGAAACGAUCUCGGAUUCUUGCCUCCCCGUCGACCUCACAAUUGCGGCGACUGAGAAUAGUCCCGCCUUCGUCGGCACGGGCGACUUUACACAGUGUCUGAACGACCUCAAGCCGUUGCUGAAGCACGACGAGCCGUGCGAUGCGGCCCACUGCCUAUUUGGGGGAAUGGCGACUCCGCGUAUCGACUUUUCGCGCGCCGAUCAGCGCGGGUUUAUCGGCAUCUCGGAGUACUGGUACACGGCCCACCAGGUACUGGGACUCGGCGGGGUGUGGGAUUGGGCCGAGUGGGAGCGGGGUAUGGGCGACUUCUGUGCACAGGACUGGGCGGCAAUCGAGGCAAAAGUCCAGUCAUCCGAGGGUUGGGCCGACGUCGACCUGACCCGACUCCAGAUGCAGUGCUUCAAGGGCGCGUGGAUCAGCAACGUGCUACACAAUGGUAUCGGCGUGCCACGCCUCACCGACAAGGGCGGGAACGCAACGCUGGGUGGCACUGCAGGCACGAACGCCGAGGCCGAGUUCCGCGCGCGCCAGAAGGGUCUCUUCCAGAGCAUGGACACUGUACGCAACACGGCCAUCUCGUGGACUCUUGGCAAAGUCGUGAUCGAGGCGAGUAAGGCUGUCUCGGCCCUCCCAGUGGGUCGGUGGGCGCCGCUCUCCGCGGCACAUGCACACCUCUCCUCUCUUCCCCCGUUCUUACUCGUCGGCUACACGCUGCUCGCAUUCGUCAUUCUUUUCGGGUUAUGGCACAUCCUCGGUCGCCGCUCAAGACGCCGAAAGGUACUGGCCUUGAGCUCCUUGCCCUCUCUCUCGUCCAUUCCGGGACUGGCACGCUUGUUCCCGCAAGAAUCUGCCGACCUGUACGUUGAAGAAGGUGACGGCGGGGCGGCAAUAAUGAAGCGCCGACGCUGGUUGGCAUUGGGACGCAAGCGCGACCCGCCCAAGCGCUCUCCCCUGCUGAGAAACUCGAGCAUGCCGCUCUCCUCGGGACCUUUCAACGCCUCCAGCACAGGAUGGCAGGCGAGCAGUGCAAGUCAACCGCCAAGCCCGCGCGGCAACCGCACCGCAUCCAUGCUCGACGUCACAGCCUACCCAUCUUUCCCUGGUACACCGCACAGUGGUGCUUCCAGCUCGGUCGCGUCCACACCACGCCCAGCUCGUCCCCGCACAACCAGCUACAAUCCCGGAGCAGAUGGUGGGUGGAACGACCCGCCUUUAUCCAUGUUCCACGACUCGAGCUCGUCUGCCGACGACGAGUGGACGCCCAAGCCCAAGCUGCACAAGAAUCGGAAUGGGACACUCACGCCUUCUGCUCGGCCUGGCGGGGAACGCGUGCUCAGCCGCAACUCGAGCCGCGCAAACCUUACAGACACGGGAUAUUUGGCUCAGCGCAAUGCAAGUCGCGCAGGCACGCCCUCACGCGACUUGUAG